UUCGAACACGAUGGGUUUAGUAGUUUCUUCUGCAGUUGCUGCUGGUCCUUUAGUUAUAGAUCACCUUGAGGUUCCUCUAAAUCUUCAUGAGAAAAAAGGGAAGAGAAAAAAGGACAACAAGAAGUUUGAAUUGAAAAACAGGGUUUCUGAGAAACAAAUAAAAGUUCAAGAAAAUAAGUUUCAUAACAAAGAAACCCAUUCUAAGAGCAAAGAAAACAUUUCCAAGGUGAACGAGAAUGCUGUAACAGUUCAAAAUAAAAAUGACUCUAGAGGCAUAAGUGCCCUGAAUUCUCGUCCAUCCUCUCGAAGUAGUUUUGGGUCUCCAAUCAAGAAAAAUAAAAUAAAAUUUGCUCAAUAUAAUCCGGUGGAGAAGUACCUCACGUCAUACAUUGGAAAGUAUGAGACUGACUCAAAGGAGAAUAAAGAUAUGAGGCUUCAACCAGGUCCUGAUGAUAGUUUGGGGGAUAAGGAUACUCAAAUCAAUCAAAACACACUUCAGGUAUUUAAUAAGCUAACUUAUCCUCCUUUAUUUUAA